AUGGAUGAAGUUGGUGACGUGGAUAUCAAACACGAGAGACCCCAUCACUACGGACAACCACCUCCAAAUCCUAUCCACCGUAUGCCGCCAGCCGAGACACCUACGUCGUACAGUUAUCCCCCUCCGCCAGGCGCAGGUAUGCCACCACCGGCGCCGGCGUGGAACCCGACGCCUUCGCCAUACAAUGACUCCGCGGACCACCGACCUCCGCCUCCAGACAUCCCUCAUCAAUCGCCAUAUCCUCCACCACCUCAGCCAUAUCCUCCCACCCAUCCCCCGCCAGGUAGAGAACCCCCAGGCUAUCCUCCGGAGCCAGGUUACGGCCGCCCAGGCAGCGUGUCGGGCCCUACGAGGUCCCCUGCCGACGUUCAACAACCUCCACCACCGCCGCCACCACAGCAACCUCCUCCUUAUCACCCCGUGAGUAGCAAUCCCCACGAAGCUCCUUACUACCCUCCCCCAACCGACUACAGGCCGCGUCAUGCCUACCCAGGGCCCGAACCCCAGCUCAACGGAACUCACCAGCAGCCUCCUCUUCACGUGGUGACAGGGCAUGAAAUGAUGCCAGGACAGCCUCCGGGCCCGCCGGCGUAUGGUCCGCCCUCAGGAGGGCCCAUGCCGACACCCGGGCCGUACGCCUACCCUUACCCUUAUCAUGGAGAACACCGACGAAAGCCAGUCAGAGCUGCUCAAGCUUGCGACUCGUGCCGUCAACGAAAGGCAAAGUGCGAUGAAGGGAGACCCGAGUGUCAACAUUGCAAAGACAACGGGCUGAAAUGCUCGUAUCGAGAAAUCCCUCCACAAAAGUCAGAGAAGCAGGUCCUAGCCAUCACGGCACAAUUGGACUCGUUGGCCGAGGACGUAAAGACAUUGGCCCAGAAAGCCCAGGAGCGGGACGUGAAGAUGGACCAAUUACUCAAGCAACAAGAUGAUAAGAUCAACCUGCUGCUGGAUCGUCUUAUGCAGUCCCGAGCAGAUCGACCUCCGGCGACUGUUGACGUACCAAUGGUAGACCAGCACAGCCAUAUCGCGGUGACAACGCCAGCACAUCCCAGUCCUGCACACCCGAGUCCUGUCAACCCUAGUCCUGCUCAACCUCCGCCUCCGUUGUUCCGCCGACAGGAUAGCACUUCAGAGGUCAGGUCCGGUUCGCAGUCCCAGAACCCCUCCGCAGCGUCCAUCAUGCAAAUGCGAAAUUCGGAAACAGAGAGUAUAGACACGCCUAUGCCCGCCAAGCACACGACGGCCGCACAGAACCUCGUUCUUUGGCCAUCUAUUAAGGCUUUGAUCCCAAGAGGCAUAACACCGUCUUAUGUGUUGGAUGAGGAAACUAGCAGAGGUCUCCUGCGACUUUAUGGCUGUGGGGAGGGAGAGGACAAAGGAGAUGGGCAUGAGGGCGCUCCGAGUCCCGCUAACAGCAACUCAUCCGAAGGGCGACGCACCGACGACGACACAGCUUCUUCCUCGCCGCAUGGUGUUUGGGGCAGCGGGCAGUUGCACGUGCCGAUGGCAAAUCAGCACCAUUCCGCGCGCGAACAUCCCGGUGGUUUGAGUCCUAGUGGUGGGCUGAUGCUGGAUGAGAAAGCGGUCGAUCGAUACUUCCGGAGCUUUAUGGAUAAUAUGCACAUUCACCAUCCGUUCCUCGAGCCUAAGGUUCUCCGAAUUAUGAUCCAAUCUUUUAAAAGGAAAUACAGCUGGGACUACCGGGCCACACAGCAGGUUACAGCGAUUGGGCACAAGAGGAAGCGAGAGACGACCGACUCACCGACCUCAAUAGACGAUUACAACAGCCACCCCCCUCAGCCCAGGGGAUACAAUACGACCGUAGCUCCGAUCGAACAUUCAGUUGCAAAUGCUAUCGUCUUACUUGUCUUGGCGUUGGGUAAGAUCACAUCUCAUCGCGAUCCCUUGCCUGGACCCGCGUCAACCGCUACGAUGCGAACAUCGACGCCUCAUAGCGCACUUUACUCGGAUCUUCCGAUGCCCAUGUCAGCGCCCACCUCUCCAUAUACCCAUCACCCCAAUCUGAACGGCACCGUUUCGAGUCCGGCCAACCCUCAGGGGAAGAACAUGGACGUUAUUCCAGGCCUUGCUUACUUUGCUAUAGCUGCAGAUAUCCUGGGCGAGCUACCAGGCGGCGCCGACGUGUCGCACAUUCAAGCUUAUCUUCUUGCAGGCCUAUAUAUGGGACAACUGGCACGCAUUCUCCCGAGCUACUUCUACAUCAACAAGGCCUGCGUUGCAGCUCAAAUCCUCAUCGAGUCGACCCCGUAUGUGACAAAUACCAUGAAACCUGCUCGCCGUAAUUUGGUCAAUUUUGCGUUUUGGUCAUGCUUGCAACUGGAGAGCGACAUUGCGGCCGAAUUGGAGUUGCCUCUCAGUGGGAUAGGUCGAUAUGAGAGCCCUCAGCAUAAAGAAUUUCCAACGGCUCUCACAUUGGAGAGGAUUCCGGAGUCCAGUGUGGAUGACGACAUAUUGAGAUUUUACUCAUAUCAGAUUCAACUGCGGACCACGAUGAAUAGCGUCCAUGCUACGCUAUAUCGGGAAUCGAAGAAUCUACACACGAGGCCAAGCGAUAGCAUUAUGUCUGCUCUGGACGACAACCUGGAGAACUGGAGGAAGAUGCUGAAUGAUUGGGACUGGGAUGACAAUGACCACGAAAGCCCCAACAUCAACGUCGCGCGGAUGCGAGGAAAAUAUUACGGUGCUAAGUACAUCAUCUGGCGGCCGACCCUGCGAUUUGCGCUCUCGCAAGCUACUGCUAAUCCUAAUCCCACUCCCACUCCGAAACUCGCCAGAAGUCGACCAUCAGAGUCGCCUGCGGGGCACGGUCACCAAUCUGAGGUGACUUCACCCGCCGUGUCGAGCCUCAAUACUCCCCACCCGUAUGGGAGAGAUGUUCCUUACAUCCAGCCUGAAUUGCUGGAAGGAUCUAGGAAGUGUAUUGAGGCCGCAAUCCGAAGCACUACUUCAUUCGACAAAGUCCCUCGCCGUCUCGUUGUCACCAACAUCUUUGGCACAGCGCACGCCCAAUUUGGAAACAUGCUUGUUUUGUACGCGACCUUCACCUCACCUCACCCAGGCUUAAGUUCGCUGGUGCAGGAGGACGUGUUACGGCGGUUACAUGAUCGCACAGUGCAAAUUCUGCGAGAGAACGAGGCCAUUUCUCCAGUGCUGGCCAAAGACCUGAAAAUUCUGGAGCACGUGCGCCUGAAGGUGUUUCCACCGGCAAUAUAUCCUUCGGCAAGCACUGCGUCCAGCUUUUCCUCGAGCCGAUAA